AAAAAGAACAUAUCUUAAAAAGUCAGACAAAAUUUACUCCAUAUAUAUUAUUUCUAAUAUUAUAUACCUAUUUAAAAGUUAAUUAAGAAAGAACUCAGACCAAGAAAAUAUUUCCAAACUAUAAAGAUAUUUUCCCAUUUUUUCAUGGUCAUAUAAGGGACUUUAUAAAAUCUCAAACUCUUACCUCUCAAUUUCAAUCUAUAUAUACUAUAAGUUGUCCAAAAAACAAAAAAAAAAUCUAUAUAUACUAUGGAUCUCAACGAGAGCUCCAAUUCUGUCUCAAUGUCUGACUCAAGUUCUGACUCAAGUUCUGAUUCAAGUUGUGACUCUCCCUCUCCCGUCAGGGUACGGGCUACGGUUGGGGAGGAGACCAAAGGGGACGAUACGUUGGUGCAGAGGUCCUGCCUGUACGAUCCCAAAGGGAAGUCGAUCAUACCGUCUGGAACACAGGAGAGAUCCUCGACGAUGAGGUCGUUGAGUAUGGGAAGAGCUGAUCCGACUAGGAGACUUGGAGGAGGGGACUUCAAGGCACAUAUGCUCAUGAUUAAUGCCCGAGAGGAUAUCAUCGAGAAGAUUAUGUCCUUCACGCAGAAUGGAUCUCGUGGGAUCUGCGUUUUGUCAGCAACCGGUGCGGUUUUUAAUCUCAGGAUUCAAUCGCUCGGCUCUAACAGAAGAGUCCUGACGUUCAAGGAUUGUUAUGAGAUAAUCUCGCUGACCAACACAGUGGAGAUAACUGAAAGUGGAGGAGUGAGAAAUGAGACAGGAGUAUGGCGUAUUACAAUCGGUGGAGUUGAUGGUUGUGUCUUUGGUGGUAAUUUAGUCGGUAGACUCACUGCUGCACGUCAGGUUCAGGUUGUGAUUGGAAGUUUCUGGCCGUUGAUCGCAAAUCCGUCUUUGAGGAAGAAAGAUACGUCCACAUCUGUGCUUGUUACACCGACAGUACCAAACGCAGUUGGUUCCUCAUCUGGAGGACAAGUCCAUCAACCAGAAAUGAGAGACUCUUCUCAUUUUUCGAGCAGCGAGUGGUACAGGAAAUAUUCUGGAUAUAACCCGUAAUCUCAUCUGAAUCUAAGUUAAUAAAAUCCUUGAAAGAGGAUAUUUUCUGCUUUUUAUGUUCUUGGGAGUGUGUAAGACUCAACUGAUGUAUUAAGUGCAUCCAACAAGACAAAAUUUGGUUCAAGUCAUAUUUUCAGUGUUGUCUCUUUUCUUCUGAACAUUCAUCAAAUAUUUGGUACAUUGGUUUCUUUAUAAUCCAAUGGAGAUAAUAAAAACUCAUUUUCAUUUUAAAAGAAUUCUUGUCUUCUAAUAUCAUUAACCUUGCUAAAACUUAAACAAAACAUUUCAGAGGAUUUAAUAAUUGAUAAAAAAAUAUGUUGGGUUCAAAAGUAUUGUUAGAAAUAUGUUCAAUACUUAGUAGAAACCUAAAAUCGGAGUUAUUUUUUAUAGAACUAAACUAACAGAUUAUCUCUUUGCAUAAAAAUACCAAAAUAAUAAAAUAAAAUAAAAAUUAGCAAAAGAAAAGGAUAAUAUUCCCUUACCACACUGUGCGGUAGAAAGACCAGUCCGUAUGAGAAGAACGGUCAUGGGGUGACCAAAAGAAUGCUCUUUUAUAUAAGCUUGAACAACCGAUGAAUUUGCGAGAUCAUCCAAGUAAGAACAUAACUCUCCCUUCUGGAUCUAACAGAAUCAAAACCAAACCAACUAUAACAAAGAUCAUGGCUACAGUUAAGAGAUGAAACCGUCAAGUAAAAAAUGAUCACAUACCAAAAGAAUCAUCGUAUACAUAUGUAGGAUGGUAACUCACUGGAAACGCGCAUGUAUAGUCCGGAAUGCACAUCAAAAUCAACUACAGUUAGGAGCAAAACCUAAACUAAUAAUAAACAUUUUUGUAGAGAUAGAGGAUUAAGAAUAACUUUGUAUGGUUCAUCAACAAAAGAGUCCUGACGUUCAAGGUAAAUUUAUAAUAUAAUUGGUCAUGUAAUCCGGUUUUGGAUUCUUGAAACUCAAUUAGUGUAAGAGUAUAAGUUAUUUGAAUAUAGGGUUUUCAAAAAAUGUAAAGAUCUUGGUUAACCACAGUGUUAGAUAGGAUAUAUAGUUAGAUGGUAACACUUUGGUGCAGGAUUGUUAUGAGAUAAUCUCGUUGACCGGCACAAUGAAGAUAACUGAAAGUGGAGGAAUGAGAAAUGAGACAUGGAGGAUGGCAUAUUACAAUUUGUGGAAUUAAUGGUUGUGUCUUUGGUGGUAAUUUAGUCGGUAGACUCACUGCGCAAGUCCGGUCCAAGAAAGAAAAAAAGAAUAACAUCUUCUUUAUAUUUGGUUGGAAGAGUUAAUAUUAAUUAGGAAUUUAGGGUAUUUAGUAUUUGGGCUCUGAUACCAUGUUAGAUUCAGAUUAAUUAUGAACUUCCAACUUAAAACCAAUUUACAAUUAGUGGAUUGGUCCUAACUUUUUAUAUAUAUAUAUUAUUUAAUGUUCCUUAGAAUUUUCGCUGUGGGAAAUAUAUCUUAAUAUAACAUCAUAAGUUUUCAUAUUAUGAUUCACUUCGGUAGUUUCUGGCCGUUGAUCGCAAACCCAUCUCUGAAGAAGCAAGAAACGUCCACAUCUGUGCUUGUUACUCCCACAGUACCAAACGCAUUUGGUUCCUCAUCCGCACGACCGCAUUACAACUCCAUCAACCAGAAAUUAGAGACUCUUCUCACUUUUCGAACAGCGAGUGGUACAGGCUAUAUUCUGGAUAUAACCCGUACGUAAUCUAAUCUGAAUCUAAGCUUAUAAAAUCCUUAAAAAGAGGAUAUUUGCUUCUUUUUUUAAUGUUCUUGGAAGAGUGUAAGACUAUUGAUGUUUUAAGAUGCAUCCAACAAGACAAAAUUUGGUUCAAGUAAUAUUUUCAGUGUUGUCUCUUUUCUUCUGAACAUUCAUAUAAAGCAUUUGGUACGUUUCUUUAUAAUCCAAUGGAGAUAAUACAACUUAUUUUUAUUUAAAUAAUAUUUUUGUCUCAUAAUAUCAUCAACCUUGCUAAAACUUAAAUAAAACAUUUGAGAGGAUUUAAUAUUGAUUCUCAUAAUGGGUUCAACAUUAUUGGUAGAAAUAUAUCCAAUACUUAGUAGCAACCUAAAAUCAGAGUUAUUUUAUAGAACUACACUAACAGAUGAUCAUAUGAAAGAUAAUAAUCCUUGCAUUAAAAAUAAAUAAUAUUAAAUUAGCAAAAAAAAGAAGAAGAUAAUAUUCCUUUAUCACUGAAUGCUCUUUUAUAUAAGCUUGAACAACCAAUGAAUUUGCGAGAUCGUCCUAGUAAGAAGAGAACUCUCCGUCUGGAUCUAACAGGGUCAAAAUCAAACCAGCCAUAACCUAGAUCAUGGCUAGAGCUAAUAGAUGAAAACGUCAAGUAAAAAACGAUCACAUACCAAAAAAAUCAUCGUAUUCGUCUGUAGGAUGGUAACUCACUGGAAACACAUAUGUAUAUUGUCCGGCAUGCACAUCAAGAUCAACUACACUUAGAAGGAAAAACUAAACUAAUAAUUAACAUUUUU